CAUACUUCUCCUACACUUGGUGUCUAUUCAACGCCAAAGUCGCAAUUUCAAUGUUUACGCUUAGAAUUGCUCGUAAUAUUCUCAACUCGUAUGUUUCUGUACCGCGGACAGCUUUAUUAAACUGGAGAAGAUGCUCUCGUUUUGAUAUAAGGGAAGUUUCUAAUGAAACUUUUCCCCGUUUUGGAACGACAGCAAUCCACGCUGGUCAAGAACCAGACCAAUGGGGAGCCUUGAAUCAGGUUGUGCCUCCUAUUUCAAUGUCGUCAUCCUACAAGCAAGAUCGAGCAAACAUGGAGAAUAAAUACUUUUACUCGAGAUGCGGUAAUCCCAGCAGGGAUGUACUUGAAAGGUGUUUGGCAUCGUUAGAAGAAGGCAAAUAUGGUCAUGCAUUCGCAUCUGGGAUGGCUGCCAUUAUGUCAGUCAUCAACAUUUUGAAAGCAGGAGACCAUAUGAUCUGCGCUGAUAAUGUAUAUGGUGGGACCCAGUGCUUCAUACGUCUAGUUGCCGGACCAUAUCAUAACAUUGGUGCAGAUUUCGUUGACAUGACAGAUGUAGGCAACGUCAAGCGGGCUCUGAAGCCUAAUACCAAGUUGAUCUGGUUGGAAACCCCAACGAAUCCUCUGCUCAAAAUCAUUGAUAUUGCCUCGUUGGUACGCACCGUUAAGGAGGAAAAACCUCAAGCUAUUGUGGUCGUCGACAACACAUUUAUGACCCCUUAUUUCCAGCGACCGCUAACCUUGGGAGCUGAUGUCGUUGUACAUUCAUGUACGAAGUACAUAAAUGGACAUUCUGAUGUUGUCAUGGGAGCAGCUAUCACUAAUAACCAAGACAUCCACGAUUAUCUACUUUUCCAGCAAAUGGCCGUUGGUGCUAUACCAUCUCCUUUCGAUUGUUUCCUUUGUAAUCGAGGACUGAAAACGUUGCACGUCAGGAUGCGGACUCAUUAUGAAAAUGCUCUUGCCGUAGCCAAAUUUCUCGAGGACCAUAAAAGAGUGGAAAAAGUCCUGUACCCCGCUCUUCCGUCACAUCCGCAACACAAAUUGCAUACGAGUCAGACCAAAGGAAUGUCCGGAAUGGUGUCCUUCUACCUAAAAGGAGGCCUUUAUGAAAGUGAAAAGUUCCUAAGCAAUUUGAAGCUGUUCUCACUCGCAGUUUCACUAGGUGGAUAUGAAUCUCUUGCUGAAUUGCCAUCGACAAUGACACACCAUUCAGUGCCUGAGGAGGAGAGGAAGAAGCUUCAAAUUACUGACAACCUUAUCCGAUUGUCUGUAGGAUUAGAGAGCUCCGACGAUCUCAUCGCUGAUCUAAAUCAGGCGCUCAAAAUUGCUGUGAAAGUUGGAAACGUGUGAUGCUUCCGUAGAAUUUGAACUUGGUCCAAUUCGCUUUUGAUUUCAAAGCUGAGAUAUAUCAAUAAAAUUUCUUGAAUGC